AUGGCGACCCAGGCACAGCUGACGGUUCCCACCGAUGCCGAGCUUUUGCAGGCGCAGGCCGACCUUUGGCGCCACAGCCUCUACUACAUGACGUCCAUGGCAUUCCAGUGCGCCGUCAAGCUAGGCAUCCCGACCGCCAUCCAUGGCCUGGGCGGCACAGCGGCGCUCCCCGAUCUGGUCACCGCGCUGUCCCUUCCACCCGCCAAGCUGCCCUACCUCCGCCGCAUCAUGCGCCUGCUGGCCACCUCCGGCGUCUUCGCCGCCACCGACGUGGAGGUCUACCGCCUCACCCCGAUCUCCUACCUCCUCCUCGACGGCGUCGCCGUAGUAGACGGCCACCCGAGCCAGACUUCCGUCGUGCUCGCUGCGACCUCCAGGCACUGCGUCGAGGCCGCGCUGGGCCUCACCGACUGGUUCCGGAAGGACGUCGCCGGGUCGCCGUUCGAGGAUCUCCAUGGCGUCGCCCUCUUCGACGGGAGCAUGGCGGAAGCGGAGCCCGAGAUCGACGCCGUCUUCAACGAAGCUUUGAAGGCCCACGAUAACUCCGGGUUCCUCGCUGUCCUGCAGGAGUGCGGCCGCACCCUCUUCCAGGGGCUGGACUCCCUAACCGACUGCGGCGGCGGCAACGGUACCACCGCGAGGGCCAUCGUCGAGGCCUUCCCGCAGGUCAAAUGCACCGUCCUCGACCUUCCGCGGGUGAUUGACAAUGUGCCAGCCGAUGGCGUGGUUAACUACGUUGCCGGCGACAUGUUCAGCCUCGUCCCACCUGCUCAAGCUGUGCUGGUCAAGCUUGUGCUGCAUCACUGGAGCGACGAGGACUGCGUGAAGAUCCUGGCUCAGUGCAAGAAGGCCGUUCCAUCGCGAGAGGAGGGAGGGAAAGUCAUCGUCAUCGACAUAGUUGUGGACUCUUCUUCAGGACACACGCAUGAAGCCGAGCUCCUCAUGGACGUAGCCAUGAUGGUGUUGACCAAUGGACGACAGCGCGACGAGUCUGACUGGGGCGAGAUUUUCACCAAAGCAGGAUUCAGCGGCUAUACCAUUGUGAAGAAACUGGGAGCUCGAGGCGUCUUUGAGGCCUAUCCAUGAGGCAAGCCUAAAAAUUAUCGUGUGGUUCGGUGUGAGAGAUGCUCGCUAAAGGUGUGUUUGUACGAAAAUGAAUAAGCGGCC